AUGAUGCGUCUACUAUUGCCCUUGCUUGCCACUGCUGUCGCAGCGCUACAAACCCUACCACCCGUGGAUUGGCCUGGCAGUGACAACACACCCGGGUCUGGCUUCUCAAUCUCGGAAGCCCCCAAAACGGUGUAUAUCGAUGAGAAGUUUUCGGAACGAAGAGAUGAGAAUGGAUUGACCCUCAUCCCGCCCUCCGGUUAUGAAUUUGCGGAAACCUUUCUCUCGGAUCUGGAGCAAGCUACAGGCGAAAAAUGGACCCUUCAGCGCAUAAAAGAAGUCCCUAGCGAUGCCAAAGGUAUUAUUCUAGGAGGGUUCAGACAAGAUGCUGAUUCAUUGACUUAUGAGGACGGUACUAAGUCGGAGGAGGGUUAUGAGCUGGAAAUCAAGAAUGGUCAGGUCUUUGUUGGUGGGAUUGGCGCCCGUGGAAUGUACUGGGGCACCCACACAUUCUUACAACUAUUGCUUGUACAUGGCGAAAAGGAGAUCCCGGCUGGCCGGAUUGUCGAUGCCCCAGCUUAUGCAAGUCGUGGGUACCUGCUCGAUGCCGGACGGAAGUGGUACACACCAUCGUUCCUGAAGGAACUUUGCACAUACGCAUCAUUCUUCAAGAUGUCUGAAUUCCAAUAUCACAGCAGUGACAACUAUCCACUAAACCGAGGGCUCAAUGAUACGUGGUAUGAAGUAUACUCCCAGUUCUCACUACAUCCUGAGAACGAGGAAUUGAAGGGCGUCAUUCAGCGCGCGAAUGAAACUCUUUCUCGAGCGGAUUUCGAAGACCUCCAGCAGCACUGUGCGCGUCGUGGCGUCACAAUCAUUCCAGAGAUCGAAGCACCGGGACACUGUCUCUUCCUCACCAAAUGGAAACCAGAGCUUGCAUUAGAGAAGAAGGACUUGUUGGAUCUAACUAAUCCCGACUCAAUCCCUCUCGUUAAAUCUAUCUGGGAAGAAUUCCUCCCAUGGUUCCAGGCGAAGGAAGUGCAUAUCGGUGCUGAUGAGUAUGAUCCUACUCUUGCGGACGUCUACAUCCACUUUGUCAAUGAAAUGUCCAAGUUUGUUAAAUCGAAAUCCGGAAAAGAUAUUCGUAUCUGGGGAACAUACGAGCCUUCCGAUGACAUGACUAUCUCUAAAGAUAUUAUUAUUCAGCAUUGGCAGUAUGGCCAAUCCGACCCCAUCCUUUUGAAUAAAGAUGGUUAUCGAUACAUAAACUCCGAAGACUGGUGGGGAUACAUGUCCUUGAAGAGUGACCACACCCCUAUCUUCCCGGCAACCUACCCACAAUUUUUUAAUAACACACGGACUUUGAACUUCGCCAACAAACCAGACUGGCAAUGGGAGCCAUCACUUUUCAAUCCAGUAAACGUGACCGAGCAGGUUAAGCCCGGCGCAAAGGGCAAUAAAGGUGCUAUCAUUGCAGCCUGGAAUGACAAUGGGCCAUUUGCCACCACGCAACUUGAAGCAUUUUACGCGAUGAGGAAUGGCAUACCUGUUGUUGCUGCUAGAAUGUGGGCCGGUUCGCGAGGUGAUCGUCUUGAUGCCGACACAUUGUCAGCAACCAUUGAGCUCCUCACGAAUCGUGUGCCAGGCCAAAACCUUGACCGGCGAUUGCCCUCCGAAAAGGGAGACGAAAAGGCAGGUGAUACGCUCUUAGAAUGGAGCCGCGAAAAGGGCUCGAAGAAAUUAGGGCAAGGGAGCAAAGGGAUGAACUACACCCUGAUUCUCGACGUUACGGGGCCCUUUAAGUUGACUUCCAAUGAUACAUCCCUCUCCCUCGAUGACGGUGGAAAUCUCGUCUUCAACUCCGACAACUGGGCUUAUCCACUCCGCUCCGUCGCAGAGGGCGACGGAUACGAUCCUGGUCAUCCAGGUCGCAUCUGGACAAAUGUUACCAGUUCCACGCAUAAGCCUGUCACAGUCCCUCUGACUUCGCAACUGACGAUUAAAACUGACGUAAUUGGUGGAAGCAGAGUGUGGAUUGAUGGAAAAUUCAGCGGCCGAUUUGAAGUUUAUAUUUAUGGUGGAAAGAAUACGCUCUUCUCGUGGAACCAGAUGGCGCUUGUGGCCCCGCUUGAUACGAUUGAAGGUGAUGGUUUGAAGCGUUUGACCCUCAAGAAGGAUAUAAAGGACACCCCAGACGCUCCUGAUGACCCUGAACAUCCCUCAGGAAUUCUCAACAUCCCGAUAUUGUUUUAG